AUGGCAGGGGGUUUCCUGCUUGGUGGAUUGUCGGAGGAUGACGACGAUGAUGAUGAGGAAGCCGAAGACGACAGCAGCUUCAGCACCAACAACAGCGGAGACGAUGGCGGCAGCGAUGACGACAGCAGCGACGCGAGCGCGACUCCUCCGAUCAAGCGCUGCAAAGAGGAUGGUCCGGAGCCCAAGAAUGAUAAUGGCUCCACCUUCAAGUUCUCACGAAUUGUUCCCAUGACCCUCUUUGGCAAGAACGCGCCUCCCCCGUCAAAGGCCAUAAUGCAGAUCAAGCCUGGUUCUGCAAAACUGGCUUUCAAGCGAAAACAAGUCUCCAAUGUUGAUGUCGUGGAUAUCUCCAGUGGAGAAGAGCCAGCACGCCAAGAAGUCCCCACUCUAGAAGCUCCAGAGAACCCUGUGGCAGCAAUCAACCCCUUGGUCAACCUCCAGGACCCGACCCUGGAAACUGCAGAGAGUCUUGCCACAACGGUCGACACUCUAGUCAACUUUCAGGAGCUGCAGGAGCCGAUGGAGUCGAUCAUCGCCUCAUCGGCUCUCGAUCCUUCUCUGACAAGGGUGCAUCUGCAGGAGCUGGUCGUCGCCUCAUCAGCUACCGAUCCUUCUCCAAUAAGGAUGUGCCCGCAGGAGCCGAUCAUCGCCUCAUUGGCUAUCACUCCUUCUUCAGAACAGUCAGGUGCGGACAAGGACGACGAAGCAGUGAUUGCUGAAGCUGACCGCGUCCGAUUUGAAGCUAUCGCAGCCAUCGACGAGUUCCUUCAGUAG